AGUCCCAUAAAUCGAGACAUAAUCAAUUAUUUUGUGCGGAAGGGGAAGGGGAACCGCGAGGCUUCGGCCCUCGAAGCUUAGCCUUGGUUGGAGGUGUUCGAUCGAAGGCUUCAAGCUCUCCUUUGGAAGCUUUGAUCUGAUUGAUUUCACCUGCGAGCCAUGGGAGCGUCACAAUCCAAGGAUGAGUUGCUCUACCAGCAGGUUAGCUAUUGCAAUAUCGAGGGGAUCAGGGCGCUUCGCGGUCAAGGAGCUGGACUCGAGUGGGUAGAUAAAGAAGGGAAGACCCCCUUGAUCGUCGCAUGCUCGAGGCACGAUCUCGUCCCAGUUGCCUAUGCUCUGAUUGAGUUGGGCGCCCGCGUCAACGCUUAUAGGCCUGGAUGCCAUGCAGGAACUGCCUUACACCAUGCUGCAAAAAAGGGCUGCGAACAAACAGUUCAGCUCCUCCUUUCCAAUGGAGCAAAUCCUUUUGUCUUGAAUGAUGAUUGUCAUACUGCUCUUGAUUUGGCAAGAGAAAGAGGGCAUUUAAAUGUUGUCAGGGCCAUUGAGAGCCGAAUUUCUCUUUUUUCUGGAUGGCUUAGGGAGGCUUAUGGUCCGGGUUUUUUGGAAGCAUUUGCUCCACAGCUAUUGAUCCGCAAAAUUUGGGCUGUGGUUUUGCCAUGUGACCCUCGCAAUCCAACAAAUCCAUUGAAGUUUGAGUUAGUCAUCUAUCCUGAUUUGCAGACUUCUAGGCCACGGUCUGUUGUUUUACUAUGGAAAGCGCAGAUUGAAGAACCCAAGUUCAACCAAGUAGAUCCUGCUAUUGUCAUUGUUGAUAAACCUACAAGAACACGGUAUAAGCUUUUUGCUGCAAAUGAAGGUGACAAGCAACAAUUGCUGUGGUUCUUGAGAGCAUGCAAAGGAAUUUCCCAGGUCCCCACUAGUCUUCCAGAAACACCGAUAGGUGCUUCAAUGCCCAAUCCACAACAAACAAUCUCUAAUGUUUCAACACAAGCAGAAGCUGCGCCUAUACACACACAAGAAUAUAUAGAAAUGGAGAUGGCUAUAAAUGCCUCCAUACAAACGGCUAUGGCAGAGGGCGUGCCUCCUGUUCAAUCUAAUCCACAAACUAGUGACACGAAUGGUUGGGGAACCUCUUCAGAAAAUACCGCGUAUAAUGGCUGGGCUCCCCAGAUUGUUGAUACUACUUCAAAGAUGAAUAAUAGAAUGCCCACAAACGAACCAGAUGCAACUAGAGGGGCUGUGCCUGUGGUUCCAUUGAGCCCUUUGCCAUCUAUCCAGAAACCUGAACCAGCAGUUAUUCAACCAUCUCAUGAAGAUCCUUCCACCACCGUAGCUCCUUCUGCCCCUCCUAUAUCUGAGGACACAUUGCUUGAUGGCCCUAUCCACUAUCCAUCCAUUGAUAGCAGUCCCAUAGAUAUGAGCAUGACAAUGGCACAGAUUGUUCAUGAUAAUGCUGAAUCCGAAGUUGUUGAUGCAUCCUCCAAAACCGAGUUGAGUGAAGAAAAAGCAGGCAGCAGUAGCACAUCUAGCUGUUGCGUUAUCUGUUUGGAUGCUCCGGUGGAAGGGGCAUGCAUUCCUUGUGGGCAUAUGGCCGGUUGCAUGUCAUGUUUAAAGGAGAUUGAAAGCAAGCAAUGGGGAUGCCCCGUUUGCCGUGCCAAAAUAGACCAAGUUGUAAGGCUCUACGCUGUUUGAAGGAUCAUAAUCUGAGUUGCAAGAUUCUUCUAGUGCUAAGUGGUCAAUUGAAUAUUGGGCAUAGAAGAUUCUUCCAAGUUGCAAGAUUCUUCUAGUGCUGAGUGGUCAAUUGAAUCUUGGGCAUAGAAGAUUCUUCCAAGUUGCAAGAUUCUCCUACAGCUAAAUGGUCAACUGAAUCUUUUUCUAAUGUUGUGCAUAUCAUAGGUUUAGGUGGGGCAUGCAGGCUGUGAACACUACCUUAUAUUUAUGAUAUUUUAUGCCAAGAAUUUGGACUAAUGCUGUCUGUAAAAUAGUUUAAUGUAAAAAAUUCUGGAUUAUUGGGCAGGGGAUUGUGAUAAUUUGAAUAAAGAUAUGUGGGAGUUAAUUCCUGUUAAUAUA